AUGCCUGUAACUAACUCCAUUUCUGUCUGUCAUCGUGAGGCUAAUUCGCCACAAUGCCGGUCAUGUCUGAACUCAUGUGAUAUCAACCCCCCUUCUUUCUCUUCUCUUCCCACCCCAGCUUUUCCAGUCUCUAAGGGAAGGCGAGAGGGGCGAGGGUCAAGGGUGAGGCGAGAAGCGAGAGAGGGCUGGAAGAGCUCGGGUUAAGGUGUUUGGCGUUCCUAUUUCUGGCGGAGGGGGAGAACGUAUCAUGUAUGAGAAGUUAACCAUAAUGAACCUGCAAAGCGGCUUGAACUGGACUGAGCCCAACAACUGGUACCAUGACCUGACCACAGUACAAACACAACACAGCACAGGUGAGUUGAAAUUCAACGCAUUCACUAAGGAAGGAUAAGACAAUGUAACAAUUAACAUAUCAACCCAUUACACAACCCUAUGAAAUGCUGUCUCGUUUUCAUGGCCAUUGCCUUAGAAUUCUUAACCAACUCUCUCUCAGUCUAAAUACUGUCUGUUUAUUGUUUGUAAAUAUUACCAGCAGGAUUUAGGUCAAAUUACAUUUUAAAUCAGUCAAAGCAAUGAGAAAAAUUGGAAUUGGAAUUUCAGUUCACUUCCUGUAUUGACUGAAAUUAAAUGGAAUUGACCCCAACCCAGAAUAACAGUGCAUGUGUCAAUGUAAUUCGUCUGACAUUUUAAUGUUUGUCCACCGCCUCUCUCCGUCAGUGCCCGAGGGCUGUCUGUCGGACACAGAUGGAGGCCUGGGAGACGAAGGUGGUGGUGGAGGAGAUGGGGGAGGAAGAGGAGGAGUAGGAGGAGGGCCGGUGGAGAGGGAUGAGGGUGAGGAGUCACAGCUGAGGCUGCAGCUGAAGAGGAAGCUACAGAGGAACAGGACCAGCUUCACUCAAGAGCAGAUUGAGGCGCUGGAGAAAGGUCAGACAGGUUUCAGCCAAUCACAAUUCACCAUGCUUGAGCUUCAGCCAAUCACAAUGUGUCUUGAUUGAGCUUCAGCCAAUCACAGUGUGCCUUGCUGGAGCCAGAGCGUCACAGAGUCAGUCACUAUGGUGGCAGUAUUUUUCCUGCCUCG